AUGGCAGCUAAGAAUGAGAUGCAGCUGGAAAAAUUAAUUGAUGAAGCUACACGAAAAAAAGAUUUCCAGUUAUUAGAACAAUAUCUAGCAACAGAAGACUGUGAAAAUGUCUCUCACAAAUGCAGCAAACAGUUUGUCAACAAAUUAGACAAGCUUCUGUGUCAGGAACUUGACAAACAAGAAGUCAAAAGCAUUUCCAUUUUACUGAAUUCUAUUCAGAAAUGUGGGGAAAAAAUCAGCAUAGCAGGAGAAGAUGGGCUCCCAGCAAUGAUAAAAUAUGGUCUUAUUGGAAAGAUGGUUAAUUGGUUUGAAAAGAUAAAAGGAAUUUUGAUCCUUGGAGGAAAUGAAAAGAAUGAAAUGCUUACAACUCUGGCUGAAGAUUUCUUCAGCACAUUGCUGGCUAUCUGUGAUAGCAGACCAGAAGGUAAAAUGCAAAUACUAGAAAACUUUGUUCUGAGAACCUGUACCCUCAUUGCUGAUAUAAGAAUCAGUAUUUAUGUUCCGCAGGAGGUAGUAAGAAAACUUAAUUUGAUGCUUGACAACAUGCCUCGAGAUGCCAGGAAAAAGAUCUUUUCUACAAAGGAAAUGUUGCUUGUCAUGAGUGACAUGGGGAAGAGAAUUUUGGAUGCUGGAGACUAUGACGUGCAGGUAGCCAUUACAGAAGCUUUAUGCAGAAUGAUGUCGGAGAAACAAAGAGGAGAACUGGCGUGCCAGUGGUUUUCCAUGGAGUUUGUGUCCAAUGCAUUUAAAGGAAUUAAAGAUUCUGAGUUUGAAACAGAUUGCAGAAAAUUUCUUAACCAAGUGAAUGGCAUGCUUGGAGACAAAAGAAGGGUUUUUACAUAUCCAUGUUUAUCAGCAGCUCUUGAUAAAUAUGAGCUCCAGAUACCAUUGGAUGAAAAUCUUGAAGAAUUCUGGAUUGAUUUCAAUGUUGGUAGCAGAAGUAUAUCUUUCUAUGUUGCAGCAGAUGAUGCAGGUCAGCAGUGGGAAACAGUCAUUAUACCAGAAGAGGAGGUAGACCAGUACAGCAUUGAAGAAAAAGAUUCAAAGAAACUAUUAACAAUAGAUCUGAAAAGCCCAAUGAAUGUGGGUAAUCAAGAAGGAGAGAAAUUUUUUUUAUAUUUUGAUUCUAUCUUGGAAAUCAAAGAUGUAAUCAGAAAGAUUUAUGGAUUUAGUAAAUGUAAGGGCUUUAGUAAGAAGCAGUCUGCAUCAGUUGCCAAAACAACUGUACAUGUAAUCUUUGAUGAAAGCGGAUCACAGGUUCUGGUACCAGAAAGUCAGUUGUCACCAUGUUUGGAAGACAAAUGUGAAGAGGAGAAACUCAGUAAGUACAAAACACAGCAACUUCCUGGAACUUUGAGGACUCUGAAUAAAAAUAACAAUAAUCAAGAAAAAGGCGGAGAUAGUUCCUCCAAGACAACUACAUCUUGUAAAAGGAAGGUGUCUGAAGCGUCUGUGCUUAUUCCUGGAACUACAAGAUUUUCCACAAGGAGUCCACUGCAAUUUGUUACUGCAUCCACUCCUUGUAAAGGACGAUUUAAAUUACCUUUGGAAAUGAUGAGCUCUGCUGAAAGGACUAACAAUAAUGCAGUAAAUGAGAGCAGAACAAAGAAUGUCUAUCAAGAACUGACUGGAAGUGGGCAAAGAGGUACAGUAGACAAUGAAUUUUGUGAAACAGAACAGAAGAUCAGGAAGACAAAUAUCAGAAAUGAGCGAAUGUGUGCUGAAGAAGUUUUAGAAGAAAUACAAGAAGCAGAAAUUAAAGCCACACAAAAGCAAACUUUAGAUGAAGCAUUAGAUAUUGUUCCUGAUUCUCAGCCAGCAGGGAGAAGGAAUGAACCUUUGCUGCCUGGUUUUUUGGAGACUUCUUUUGAUAAAACCAAAACAUGGAAAAAAAGAGCAUGCUCUGUUCCUGAGAAGAAUAUAACAACCGGUGACAAGCAAAAGCCAAAUCCAUCAUUGGUACAUAUGUUCCAUCCAGCUAGAGUGUCUGAAACAUCUUUGCAUUCUGAUUUUACAAAAGAGGAACCUGAUGUUCUCCUUAGAAAAGAGACUGCCAGUCCAAAGCAAUCAAAGACAAACACAAAGUAUAAAGAAAACACAGAUGCAACAAAAUCACUAAUUAGUAAAAUCAGUGACAGAUACAAAGUAAAGACUGAUGAGAAAAGCAAAGCAAGAGACUCCUUGGGUUUUAACAGGCCACAUUUAAAUAAAUCCUGCAUGUCUCAGGAAGCAGUUCAGGAUAGAAACCUGAAAACCACUACUUUUCUUAAUAUAACUGCUGGUCAUAUUAUGGAUGAUGUCUACAACUUUAACAUCAGUGGGUUUGAUGAGCCUACAAUAAAGCUUGGAGUCCAAGAAUUGCAUGUUACUGAACUGAGUGUUUAUACAGAUCCAAACAAAAAAGGGAAUGCGGAUGAUGGUAAAACUAGCGCUGAAGUAAAAGGAAGAAAAAAAACUAGAAACAAUCAAAACAAGAAACAUCUCUUUAGUGACACAGACACAGAAUACAGAGGUGAUGACAGCAAGACAGACAUUAGUUGGCUACAAGAAUCAAACAGAAAAUCUAAAGCCCAGUUAAUUGAUUACACUAGAAAUAAAAACUUGGGGAAAUCAAUAAGCACAGUCAAACCAGAUAAAUUCUCUGAACCUGAGUGCCAUGUGGAUAAACCUAAAGGCAAAAAAGCAAAUAAGAAAAAGAUAAACAAAUGUGAAAAACAGAAUUCAGGAACUAAUAAAAUGACAGAACAAAGCACCAGACAAAAACGACCUCGAAGAGCUGCAUUAGCAAAAAAUUACAAAGAGCCUUCCAGUUCAGAGUCAGAGUGUGAAAGGAAAUCUCCAGCACGUGCAUCUAAGGAGGAGAAAUCAAAAGUACAG